AAACUUGAACUAGAACAGGAUCAGUGUUAGGUCAAGGUCAUGCUUACACAAGACCUACUGGAGGAAGAUGAAGGAAUGCUAGGCACAAGGUCAAUGAUAUGGCUGUCAACAAGAGGGGGAGGGAGGGACAGGCUGGGAGGGAGAGAAGCCCAGAAGUGAAAGCAGAACAGUAGGGCCGCUCUGAUGUCCAGAGUUUCACUUGUCCCAAACAUGUGAUGAUGAAGGUGUUUGUAUUUCGUACCGCUUUGUUGCUUUCUUCGCUUGGGUUGGCAGCGAGCCUUUUUGUUCCAGAGGAGUUGCCCACUCUGUUAUCCUUUCUCUACACAAACAUCCCCCCAGUAUUCAAAGGUACGGACUCUCGAGUGGGCAUAGGGUUCCGUGUUGGGCCCAAUGCAGACUUUCAGCUACAAUUGGAGCUGGGUCCACAGACCCGUACGCAGCCACUGGGUCCUGAUGCAGAGGGAUCCAGCAAGAAGCGACAUGUCCCUGUGCUAGGAUCAGGGUUGGCACCGAAACCUCUGAAAUCUCAGAAAAAGUGGAAGGUUCCCGAUACCCCGAUGGGAUGGCUGCAGACAUGGAAGACCUCUGUGGCGGCGCUGCCACAGCAGGAGGAAGUCGUGGACCUUAAAAACUUCAACAGACAACCCUUGUUGGACAUGGACACGGUGAAACACCUUCAGCAAUUGUACAAGGAACAACGGAACGAAAACGAAGCGACAAGAUAACAUAUGUGGACAGUUUAAUAUCAUCAACUUUACAAAAUACGAUGUACAUAUCACGGUUUAUUAUUCAUAUGUAAAUAUGUAAAAAAGUGUAAUUAAAUAAGGUAUUACUCCAAAAUUCAUUUA